GAUAUAUAACUAGUUUUAUUAAAACUUUAGUAUAGUGCAGUCGUCGCGUGCAAAAAUUUUCGUUUAUUUCUAGUCCUUUUAGCACCACGUAAAAGCGUAUUUAAGACAGUAUAGGUAUGUACAACAUUUUUAUUAUUAUCAUUAUAAUUGUUGAUUUAUAUUGAUAGCGUGAAAUCUCAUUGUACAUAGGUACUUAAUAUAUAUAUUUAAAAAAAAAAUAAUGUUAAAAGAAAAAGAAAAAAAAAAAAAAAACUUUACAAGCAACCAGAAUAGAACAUUCCGCUCGCGCGUUCCGAAACUUGAAAGUUUGAAUCUGUUUUACGUACCUCUCGAUUGAUCAUCAUUUUAACCUAUGAAAACUUUUAUAUUUCAUAAAAAAAUAAGUUCAACCUUAAAAGUAUACGAAGAGGGUUAUAUAUUAUUCAUUAAAUAUAUAAUUAUUAUUCGUUUUAUAUGUAAAAUAUCAUAAUAAAGUUAACACUACCUGUGCAAUCGACGAGAUAGCGUUGUUAAAAGUUUAAUAUUAUUUUAUAAUACGAUCGGAUCAUAACGAAUCGUACAUCAGUAGAUUCAAGGAUUCGUGUAGUUUAAUCUAAAUUCGAUAGAAUAAUUACGUGUCUUUAAUAAUAUCGAAAAAAAUACAAAAGACGUGAGAUGUGUUAGUGAAAAGUUUCAAGAAUUGGUACACGAAAACGUAUCGCGUUUUUAGCGUUCUCGUUACGGUAACAGAUCGGCGCGGGUUCAAAACUAACCGAUCGUGGCGACAUCUGUAAGGUGUAAACAUUUUCAUUUUUCCGAUUCAUUAUUCUGCCUGUGCUUAAUAAUAAUAUUGGAAUCUCUUGUGUUUUGUGUGUGCGUGUACAACAACAAUAAUAAUAUAAUCAUCAACGAUGGCAGAUACCGCUGUUGGGCGUGAAACUCCAGCUCCGGCUACACCCGUCAAAAAACCAAAAACAUCCGCGAGUGGUGGUGCUUCCGCGGGCGCUAAGAAACCUAAAGCUAAACCGAGCCAUCCGAAGACGUCGGAAAUGGUGAACAGCGCUAUUGCCGAACUCAAGGAGCGCAGCGGCUCAUCUUUACAAGCAAUCAAGAAAUACAUAGCGGCCCAGUACAAGGUGGAUGCUGAAAAAUUAGCACCGUUCAUAAGAAAGUAUCUGAAGAACGCCGUCGAAUCCGGUACUCUAAUACAGACUAAAGGCAAGGGAGCUUCCGGAUCUUUUAAACUGGAAUCGAAGACCUCCGGUUCGAAGAAACCCGGUUCCGGAUCUGGUGGUGCGUCCGGUGGCAGUUCCGUAAGGGCAGCAAAGGGCAACGCUUCGUCCGCUUCCGCUUCGGCAGCGUCUAAAGGCGGCAGCAGCAACAAAAAGGGAGGGGCCGGCGCCGGUGGUGCCGCUUCGACUUCUUCGGGGGCGGCUGCCGGCAGGGCCGGAAAGAAAGCGGCUGCAGCGUCAGCUUCAUCGCCGUCGAAAGGUAAAUCUUCGAUUGCCGCAACCGCCGCAGUUUCGGUAAAGGAGAAAAGAGCCGCCGCCGCCGCGAAAAAGAAGCCCGCCGCCGCUGCUAGGAAGUCUGGAGCGAGCGCUAAAGCUGCGGCCGCCAAGAGCGCGCCGAAAGCUAAGAAAACAGCUAAACCACCAACAAAGAAACCGAAAGCGCCUAAACCGAAAAAGGCCACCGCCUCGACGCCUAAAACGAAACCUUCGGCCAAAAAAGCGUCCGCCGCUUCGAAGAAGUGAUUCAU